UUAAAGAGUGAACCACGGGCGCGUUUAUAUAAAUUCGGAGCGAAACAUUUUCUGAUAAUCAGUUUUUUCAAACCCAAAGCCACAAUUUAGAAACUCACGCUUAAAACAAAUUCUUACAAUUAUGGAUAAAACAUUCAAAGUGAAGGAAAACCCCGAGCUAGGUCGAUAUGGAGUGGCAGCGAAAGAUUUGAAGGCUGGAGAGAUGCUUUUCGAAGAAAAACCAUUCGCGAUCGGUCCAAAAGUGGAAAACCCACCGGUGUGUUUGGAGUGCUGCUGCCCAGUGGAUGGAGGAGUCACCGGACCUAAGUGUUCGCACUGUGGGUGGCCUUUGUGUGAAGAAUGUGUUUCCAAGCAGGAUGAUAUUGUGUACCACAAAAAGGAAUGUGCCCUAUUUGUGAAACACAAGGUCAAAUUCCAAAAUGUCGAAGAUUCCACCGCCAGCUGUAUUCAAUUGGAUUGCAUAACACCUCUGCGUGUAUUAUUGGAGAAGGAGAGCCAUCCGGAUCGGUGGAAUGAUGAAAUAAGUGUGAUGGAGUAUCAUCAUGACGUGCGAAAGGAUUCCAUGACUUGGAAUGCAGACCAAAACAACGUUGUCGCUUAUUUGCGUGGUCCCUGUGGGUUGGAGGAUCGUUUCUCGGAAGAACUAAUCCAACAGGUGAUUGGUAUUCUCGAGGUGAACGCGUUUGAAGCUCGUACCUGUAACGGAUACGCUGUGCGUGGAUUGUACCCUAAGCUAGCAAUAAUGGCACAUUCUUGCGUGCCCAAUGUAGUACAUUCGAUUCAUCCCAGUCAUGAAUAUAGAUUGAUAGCAAGAACGGCAAUCGAUGUUCCGGAAGGAGAAAAAUUGUACACAUCCUACACGUACACGUUGAGUGGAACUAGUACUAGGCAGCAAGCUCUAAAAUAUGGAAAAUACUUCUCCUGUCGGUGUGCUCGCUGCUUGGACCCUACCGAGCUAGGUACUCAUUUCAGUUCACUCAAAUGCCAGAAAUGUGAUAACGGUCUUAUCGAAUCGCUCGAUCCAUUGAACGACGAGGCAGAUUGGAAAUGUACCCAUUGUGAUUUCAAUACUAAAGGCGCCUUAGUACAGAAAGCUGUUAAUGUGAUGCAAACUGAACUGGAUGAGUUGGCCUACAUGGAAUAUGGCCCAGAACGACUGGAAAACUUUGAGAGAGUCUUCAAGAAAUAUAAAAGUGUGCUGCAUCCCCUCCACUUCAUCAAUACUUCUAUACGACACAGUCUCAUCGAAUUGUAUGGUAGAAUUCCGGGUUAUGAGAUGCAGGAACUCCCGGAUAUUCUACUGGAGCGUAAAGUCGAUCUUUGUAGGGAUAUUAUGAAAGUAUUGAACGUAUUCGAGCCGGGUAAAUCCCGUGCUCGUGCGAUGAUCCUUUACGAGAUACAUGCGCCGCUCGUACUACUAGCUCAGUCGGCGUAUACACGAGGUAAUCUAGCUGGUGUCCCUUUGAAGGAAGAACUGAAGAAGGCAGCUGCGUUGCUGGAAGAAUGUGGAGGAAUAUUGGAAUGGGAAGAUCCAUCUUCGCCGGAAGGCAUUCUUGCGAAUGUGGUCAAACAAUCGCUUGUGCAACUCAAAAAUAGCAUGCAAGCGUUGGGCUGAUAAUUCAAUAAGCUUGUUGAGAGAUUACAAAAUACAUUUAUAUCAUGAGCGCAAUGUGAUGAUUACUUAUUUGUUACAACUAUUUAUGUACCAGUACAACUAGUUACAUUACUUAAUAUUUUAUUAUAAUAAAAG